GCGCAUGUCAGUUGGAGAAGGAAAGGUGGAGAGGGAGGUACGAGGCCGGUCCGCCGAUCACUUCGUCAUGAGGAUUAGGCGGGACGAGAGUGCGGGAGUACUUGAAUGCUAGUCCACCCAUCUUACAGCUAGUCUGCUGAGCGGUCACCAAGGAAGAAUAAUACUUGUUUGUCGAAGAAGUUUUCUAUCCAAGAGCUGGGAAUCAGGAUGGGUUUCUUCCCACAGUUACGAGGGCGGACCCUCUACCGCCUCAUGAAAAUAGUAUGCGGCACCUCAUUUAUGAUGUACGGCUACGAUGCCGGCGUCUUGGGCGGGGUCCUCCUGCAUCCUCCAUUCCUCAACGCCAUCGGCAACCCCACCAAUGUCUGGACCAUCCCCAUGAUCACGGCAUCAUACGAUCUGGCAGCCUGCGUAACCGCCGUCGGGAUAGCAUUCUUCACGUUCAACAUCGGACGGCGCGGAACAAUCAUCAUGGGUAACAUUGCCGCAGUCAUCGGCUCCGUCAUCCAAGCCAGCAGUUACUCGGUUGGGCAGCUGAUAACGGGAAGACUGUGCACUGGGUUUGCGAUCGGAUGCAUCAGCUCCGCGGUGCCGACAUAUCUGAGCGAGACGGGCAUCGAGAUCGGAGAUCGCGGGCCGGCGAAUGCGUUCAACGCGAUUCUCCUUAUUAGCGGUGUGCCGCUGGCGUAUUGGAUCGAUUAUGGGUUUACCAAGAUGGAUAACCAGGCGAGUUGGAGGGUGCCGAUUAUCUUCCAGUGCUUGUUCGCGUUCUUCUCCGGGGGCACGAUGUGGUUCCUUCCUGGUAUGCUCAUGCAGCUUCCCGGGGUCCUGCAUCCUGCGAUGGCUGACGAACGAGUAGAUACUCCGAGAUGGUACUAUGCCCGGAACCGAUGGGAAGAGGGCAAUGAUGUGCUCGCUCAGCUUAACGAUGCACCCGUUGAAUCUGAAAACGUGCAGAGAACGAGACGCGAGAUUCUGGCUGCUAUUGAGGCUGAGUUGGAGGCUAAUUCGAGUCUGCACUGGAAACAAUUCUUGACUAUGGGUAUUACGGACAGCACUCGGAUGAAGAUCAUUCGGAGGUUGUGCAUGUGCUUUUGGCUGCCGAUGAUUAGAGAGUGGAUGGGCUCUAGCUUAAUCGCCUACUACAGCUCCAUCAUUCUCUCCAGUGUCACCGAACCACGCCUCGUCUCCCUCAUCGCCGGCGUCCUAAACACCUUCUUCGCCCUCGGCUGCGUCCCGCUCUACUCCACCAUCGAGCGCGUCGGGCGGCGCUCCGUCCUCCUCUAUGGCGCCAUCACCAUGACGCUCCUAAUCACCAUCUUCACCGUACUCGUCGCAAUCCCGCAGACGCAAGCCACACGCUGGGCGGCCGUUGGCAUCAUCUUCGCCUUCCUCUUCGUCUUCGGCUACGCCUGGCAGGGCUGCGUGUGGCUCUACUGCGCCGAGAUCGCGCCGCUCGAGUACCGGCACAUUGGCGGCGCGGCGACGGCCUUCGGCGAGUGGCUUAUGACGUUCAUCACCGUGUUUGCGGGGCCGAUUGGGUUUGACAAUGUGGGGUGGUAUUUCUGGCUGUGGGUGAUUAGCGGGAAUGUGGUGGCGGUGUUGUUUGUGUUUUUGCUGUGUCCAGAGACUGGGGGGAAGACGCUGGAACAGGUGGAUUUCCUGUUCGUUGAUAAGGGGUUUGCAGGGUUGAGGAGGGAUUUUGAUGUUGGGGUAGAGGAGUUGGGGGCGUGGAAGGAGAAGAAAGGGGUGGUAGAGACGAGGGAGGAUGUUGGCGAGACGCAGUAGAGGUGUCAACUGCACAGCUAGGCCAAGAUGGGCCGAUCGAAGCGUUGGCACGUCGGACGUUAACCAACAAUGAGCGGGUGCCCUUCUCUCGACGAGGCCUCCCAUCGAUGUCAGCAUAUGCAGACCGAUGCUGCAUCCUUGGUUCAGCGUCCAGGCCCACGUGCGAGCAUUCCAACGCCUUUGAUCGAGGUCGGUGUUCGGCAUAGUCCCUCCUCGCAAGGAAGACCGGUUCUGGACGAGCAGGUGCCUGCAUGUGCGCCAUUCUUCCGUCUGAUAGACUAUCAUAGGUCCUUACAGGUCCGGACGCACCUAGCGGCG